AUGAGGUACACCGCCACCUUCACGGGCGUACUGGCUAUCGCCGGUGUCAGCGCGUGGUCAGUAUCCAGCCCUUUCCAUAUUGAGGGCAACGAGGUUGUUGAGCAUCUGCAUACCGUACCCGACGGAUGGAAAGAGGUUGGUGCUCCAGCGCCUGAGCACAAGCUGCAUUUCCGCAUUGCAGUACGCUCGGCAAACCGCGACCUAUUUGAAAGGACACUCAUGGAGGUUUCAACUCCCAGCCACCCUCGCUACGGGAAGCACCUAAAGCGAGACGAACUGAAGGAUCUCAUUAAGCCAAGAGCCGACUCGACUGCAAGUGUGCUUACAUGGCUUGAGCAAUCUGGUAUCGAAGCCCGAGACAUCCAGAAUGACGGCGAGUGGAUCAGCUUUCUCGCACCCGUAAAGCGCGCAGAGCAGAUGAUGGGUACCACGUUCAAGACCUACCAGAGUCAAGCGCGUCCUGCACUCAAGAGAACCCGCUCAUUGGGGUAUUCUGUACCCUUGGAGGUCCGCAGUCAUAUCGAUAUGAUUCAGCCUACUACUCGCUUCGGUGAGAUCCGCCCAGAGUUUAGCCAAGUCCUUACGCAAGAGACCGCUCCCUUCUCUGCGCUUGUCGUCAAUGCCACGUGCAACACAAGGAUCACGCCCGAUUGCCUUGCAGAUCUGUACAACUUCAAGGACUACAACGUCAGUGAUAAAGCCGAUGUGACGAUUGGAGUCAGCGGCUUCCUCGAGCAGUACGCUCGGUUCAACGAUCUUGAUCAAUUCAUCCAAAGAUUUGCUCCUAGCCUCGCGGGUAAAACCUUCGAAGUACAAUCUAUCAAUGACGGGCCGUUCCCCCAAAACUCAACGGCCAGCAGCGUUGAGGCUAAUCUCGACAUCCAGUAUACAGCUGGCCUGGUGUCGUCCAAGAUUGCAACCACUUUCUAUACCGUGCCAGGGCGAGGACUGUUGGUCCCUGACCUUGAUCAGCCUGACGAGGAUAACAACAGCAACGAGCCCUAUCUAGAUUUCUUUACUUACCUCGUUGGGUUGGAGGACGAAGAGUUGCCUCAAGUACUGACGACCUCGUAUGGCGAGACCGAGCAGAGCGUUCCUGCAGAGUACGCCAAGAAAGUUUGCGACAUGAUCGGCCAGCUCGGCACUCGUGGUGUCUCGGUCAUCUUCUCCAGCGGCGAUACUGGUCCAGGCUCUGCCUGCCAGAGCAAUGACAGCAAGAACGCUACCCGUCUUCAGCCAAUCUUCCCAGCUUCAUGCCCAUAUGUUACUUCAGUUGGUGGUACCUUUGGAGUGGAGCCCGAACGUGCCGUCGGAUUCUCUUCCGGUGGCUUCUCUGAUCUCUGGCCUCGUCCGGCGUACCAAGAGAAAGCAGUUUCUGAUUACCUCGGCAAACUGGGCUCGCAAUGGGAAGGUUUAUACAACGCCAACGGACGAGGUUUUCCAGAUGUCGCGGCUCAAGGACAAGGAUUCCAGGUGAUUGACAAGCUCCGCUUAACGUCUGUUGGAGGUACCAGCGCCUCAGCGCCUGUCUUCGCUUCAGUCGUUGCGCUUCUGAACAAUGCUCGCAUAGCGGCUGGCAUGCCUUCGCUGGGCUUCUUGAACCCUUGGAUCUACGAGCAAGGCUACAAGGGCAUGAACGACAUUGUCGAGGGAGGUUCGCGUGGAUGCACUGGUCGUUCUAUCUACUCCGGGCUCCCUACACGACUUGUGCCUUACGCUUCCUGGAAUGCGACUGAAGGCUGGGACCCUGUUACCGGCUACGGUACGCCCGAUUUUGAGCAGAUGCUUCGUCUCUUGACUACGCCACAGUAUAGUGAGCGUCGCGUUCGUCGCGGUGGCCUCCGUGGCUAA